AUGCAGUUCUGCGGUUUGGAAGCGCCAGUUCAUCGCCAAUACUACCAUGCGAAGAAGAGGUCAGAUGAGUCACCAUUGGACUACCUGUACCUACUCAAUGUGAUUGGACUCAGGGCGAAGAUCAAGAUCAAGGACGGACCGCCCAAGGUACAAAAGGAACAGUUCCAGCACUACAUCGAGACUUUAGACGAACCGAAACUGGCGGACUAG